AUGAGAAAAAUCAUUUGGGCUGCGAGGCAUUUGAGGCCAGCUCUUUGGAAGGGAAACUUUGGAUCAACAAAAAGAUUCGAUUUUUACUCUGUAUACAUAAAUCAAAGGGUUUGUGAAUGUAAACAUCCAUUAUAUGUGCUGUCUCGAGCUCUUUCUGCUAAUGCUGUAACUGGAGUGGUGGAACUUAGUAGAGAUGGACCUCUCAUGGAAUACGGUCGAAGAAUCGCUGCCGGUGAGCUUUUAGAUGGAGAUGCUUCACAGAUACUUCAACGGCUAUAUGAUGAUCUCGUUGCAAACGCAGGAGCUUCCCGGUUGGAUGCUUACGCCGCUUCUCAGAGAGCUGCGAGCAUACGUUGGUGGUACUCGCCCAGUUUCGCGCCUGUGAGAGGACUCUAUCUCUACGGAGGAGUGGGAACUGGCAAGACUAUGCUGAUGGACUUGUUCUAUCAUCAACUGCCACGCAGCUGGAGGAAGCGGAGGAUCCAUUUCCAAGACUUCAUGCUAAACGUUCAUGCCCGUUUGCAGAAGCAUAGAGGAGUUGCAGAUCCUCUAGAAAUCUUAGGUGGGGAGAUCUCAAACGAGUCGAUCUUGUUAUGCCUCGAUGAGUUCAUGGUGAGUGAUGUAGCUGAUGCACUCAUCCUAAAUCGUCUCUUCACACAUUUGUUCAACAACGACGUUGUUCUGGUUGCUACUUCGAAUCGAGCUCCAGAUAAGCUCUACGAAGGAGGGCUGCAGAGGGACCUGUUCCUCCCAUUCAUUGCCACUCUCAAGGAGAGAUGUGUAGUUCAUCAGAUUGGUUCGUAUCUGGACUACCGCAAAAUGACAUCGGCAGAGGAAGGCUUCUACUUUGUCGGAAAACAUGUGUCGAACGUUGUUGAACAGAAAUUCAGAGAGUUGAUAGGCGAAAAGGUGGCUGCUCCGGACGAGGUUGAAGUGGUUAUGGGCAGAAAACUGCAGGUUCCUUUGGGAGCCAACGGCUGCGCCUACUUCCCUUUCGACCACCUCCUCGGAGCUGCAGACUAUUUUGGGUUAUUCAAGAAAUUUCAUACGUUGGCUGUGGAAGGCGUUCCGAUAUUCGGGCCUGCCAACAGGACUGCAGCGUACCGCUUUGUGACUCUAAUUGAUGUGAUGUAUGAGAAUCGAGCUAGAUUAUUGUGCAGUGCAGAAGGUAGUCCGAUGGAACUAUUUGAGAAGGUUGUGACGAUAUCCGAUGCUGCUACCACACGCGGCCUUUCUGAGGUGUGCGUGGACGACGACUUAGGCUUCGCCAAAGAUCGCACCAUUAGUAGGUUGACAGAGAUGAACAGCAGAGAGUAUUUGGAGCAGCAUCACCAUCUCCAUCCAAACUGCAAUUAGCUCAUUUAUCUUCAACUCCAUAAAUUGAUGUCUCAAUUUACUGUUGGCAUCAAAUCAUAGGCUUUGCUAUUUGUGACGAUACAACUA